AUGCCAAGGUUCUGUCAUGAUUGUCUGCAGUUGGGGCAUGAGGAUGGGGAGUACAAAAAGGAGCAACAUCCCACCACAAAUAAUCCUAAACCGAAGCAGAAGAAGGCAAAAAGAAGAAGGCCUCCACCACCACAAUGGUGGCCAAAGGACAAACCAAAUGAUGUAGCUGGGCCUAGUGCACCUCAACAGGAGGGGAAAGGGGAUAAGGGUACUGCUAUAGACUAUGGUACUGAUCAUUUUCCUCCCUUGAGUAUGAGUAAGGCUCCACCAAGCAAGCCUACAACACAAAGUGAGAAGGGCCAGCAGCAGAAAGUAAGGUCACCACAGAGAAAUGGUCAGGCUGGGCAGCUAUUAAGAAGAGGACAACACUUUACCUGGUGCAAUAAAAGGGAUGGGGCUGAAAGAAUUUAUUCACAUAUUGACUGGGCAUUUGGCAAUCUUGCUUGGUUAACUCAGUGUGGACAUAUAGAGGCAGACUUUAUUGAGCCAGGAUGUUUUGAUCACUCCCAUAUAGUCGUAAACACUGUCAAUUCUCAUACACAGUUUAGAGGGAGACUGAAGGAAGUACAAGAGGAAAUUACAACCAACCUCUUUGACCAGGCUCUAAUCACUGAGGAAAGGGAGAUACUUCAGGCAAUUGAACUUUGGGAGGCUAUUAAUGAGAGAGUUCUAAAACAAAAAUCAAGGGCUAUAUGGAUCAACUAUGGGGAUAAUAAUUCAAAGUAUUUCUUUGCUCAUUUGAAAGCUAGGCAAGCAAGAAAUAGAAUUUCUUCAAUAUACAAUGAGCAGGGGGCAAAGCUUAUGGAUCCUAGUUUGAUACAACAGGAGUUAAUGGGGGUUUUUUCGGACACCACUUGGCCAAGCAGCAGACAUUCUCUCCUGCAUAAAUUUACUGAGGAAGAUGUUCUUCAAGCCGUGAGGGGCUUACCAGCUGAUAAAAGCCCAGGGAUAGAUGGAUUUAAUGCUGAAUUUUUCAAGUCACAUUGGGAUACACUAGGCAGGGAGGUUACUGAUAGUAUACUACAGUUUUUCUCAUUUGGAAAACUUUUGAAAGGUGUCAAUAUUACUACAGUAACUCUUGUGCCUAAAGUUUCUGCCCCUACUCAUGUCAAAGAGUAUAGGCCUAUAGCAUGCUGCACUACCUUGUACAAGAUAAUAUCCAAAAUUCUAACUGCCAAGCUCAAAACAGUGGUAGAUCACAUUGUGAGCCCUUCCCAAUCUACCUUUAUUGAGGGCAGAAAUAUACUAGACAAUGUCAUUAUAGCUCAUGAAUUGGUGAAAGAACAUUUCUCAGAGGUAUUAGGGUUGCAGGCCAAUUUGGAGAAGAGUUCUAUUUAUAUCGCUGGAGUGGAGAAUGAUUUCAAAGAACAGAUGCUUGCUGAUUUACAUCUUAGUCUGGGUGACCUGCCUUUUAAAUACCUGGGAGUACCUCUCUCCACCAAGAAACUAUCAAUCCAUCAGUGUCUACCCAUAGUUGAAAGGAUGAUCUCAAGAGUCAAGUGCUGGUCCUCAAAACUCCUUUCAUACAGUGGCAGGAUGCAGUUAGUGAAUAGUGUCCUCUUUGAGAUGCAAACAUACUGGGCACAGAUCUUCCUUUUGCCUAAGAAGAUCAUUUCCAUGGUCACUACUGUGUGCAGAACAUUCCUAUGGACAGACAGUAACAACCUCUCUAGGAAAGCCCUUGUAGCAUGGGAGAAAAUUUGCAAACCAAAGACAGCAGGGGGAUUGAAUGUGCUUGAUAUUUCAACAUGGAAUAAUCCUGCAAUUUAUAAGCUCCUAUGGGCUGUGGAACAAAAGAAGGACAAACUCUGGGUGGUUUGGAUUCAUACCUUCUACAUAAAAGCAAAUGACCUUAGUACUAUGGCCACUCCUAAGCAGGGCUAUUGGCUGGUGCGAAAAGUCUUUGAUUCAAGAAGCUAG